UGCCUGAGCGAGCGGGGCCGGGAAAACCAAGGGGGGGGAAACCGCGGAAAACUCGGGGAAAAAGCGGGGGGAAAACCGGGGGAAGGGAGGGAGGGAGGGGUGGGGGGCGAUGGACUCCGGAGCCCGCCCGGGCGGCGGCGGCGGCCCCGGCGCGGGGCAGAACCGCGAGUACAAACUGGUGAUGCUCGGGGCGGGCGGCGUCGGCAAGAGCGAGGACGCCUAUAAAAUCCGGAUCCGCAUCGACGACGAACCUGCCAACCUGGACAUCCUGGACACGGCGGGGCAGGCGGAAUUCACGGCCAUGAGGGAUCAGUACAUGAGGGCCGGGGAGGGAUUCAUCAUCUGCUACUCCAUCACCGACCGGCGCAGCUUCCACGAGGUGCGCGAGUUCCGGCAGCUCAUCUACCGCGUGCGCCGCACCGACGACACGCCCGCCGUGCUCGUGGGCAACAAAUCCGACCUGGCACAGCUGCGACAGGUGUCCAAGGAGGAAGGCUCUGCCCUGGCCCGGGAGUUCAACUGCCCCUUCUUCGAGACGUCGGCGGCGUUCCGGUACUACAUCGACGACGUGUUCCACGCCCUGGUGAGGGAGAUCCGCCGCAAGGAGAGGGAGGCCGUGAUGGCCAUGGAGAAGAAAUCCAAGCCCAAGAGCAGCGUGUGGAAGAGGCUCAAGUCGCCCUUCCGCAGGAAGAAGGACUCGGUCACCUGAGCCGGGAGGGGGAAAAAGUUCCUCUGGGAAAAAACGGAACGAGAGCGGCGGGAACGGCUCAGGGACAACAACCCUGAGGGGACUCCGGGAGGGAGCGAGUGACUCUGCCCGUUAUUUCUGUUUAGGAUGAGAUUCCCUUCCUUCUGGAUCUUGGACUUUGGACACAGUGAUGGUUUUCCUCCUGUUUGUUGCCAUUUUUCCCUCGCCGGG